AAAGAUUUAGAGGAGAAUACAAACGAUGAACCAAAAGUACGGGCCGUUUCUUUCCUUCAAUUAUUCAAAUAUGCCAAACGGGAGGACAAAGUAUUUAUGGGAAUCGGUGUCAUCGGAUCAAUACUCGCCAGUAUGUCGUGGCCUAUACUCAACACUUUGUUUGGAUCUAUUGUCGACGUGUUUGUUAAUUAUGAAAAGGGAAGAAAUGCCACAUUAAAUGGCAUCGAAGACACUACUAUUGAUAUCAUAACCAGUGAUGAAUUUAUGGGCGAAGUAUACAAUCUAAGUAUUAUAUUGUUCAUUGGUUGGAUUGUCAUCACUUUAUCCAAUUAUUUAAUGACCACAUUCUUUCCAUUGGCCGCUUUGAGUCAAAUCCAUACCAUUAAGAUUAAAUACUUUGAGUCCGUUCUCAAACAAGAGAUCUCGUGGUUUGAUUCAAAAUCUUCGGGCGAUUUCGCUUCAAGAGUCUCAGCUGAUUUGAAGCGCGUUGAAGACGGCCUCAACGAGAAGUUAGGUCUCGCAAUAUAUUCAAUAGUAGCCGUCUGUCUAAACCUAAUACUCGCCUUCAUUUACGGCUGGAAACUAACGCUUGUUGUGUUAGCGAUCUCUCCUUUCACCGCAAUCGCCACCGCAAUCAUGAAUAAAGUUCAGGCAUCGUUUGCGCGCAAAGAGAUGGAGUCAUACGCGUCGGCCGGCAAUGUGGCCGAAGAAGUGAUUUCUGCGGUUAGAACUGUCUAUGCGUUCGGCGGAGAAGCAAAAGAAGUGAACAGAUAUGAGAAGAAUUUGGUGCCAGCGAUGAGAAGUGGAAUCAAAAGGAAUUUUAUCACAGGAUUAGGAAAUGGAGUCCUUUACUCGACCCUAUAUUUCGGGAUGGCUUUAGGCAUUUGGUUUGGCGUCAAAUUGACCAUCGGCUCAAUGGAGGAGCACUCAGACGAGUAUACCAUUGGAAAGAUUGUUAUUAUAUUUUGGUCCGUAUUAAGUGCUGGCUACAAUAUUGGAGCGGCUGCCCCACACUUUGAGGCCAUUAAUAUGGCUCGAGGAACAGCUGCUGUUAUCUUCGAUAUAAUUGAAAGAAAGCCAAAAAUUGAUAUCUCAUCCAAAAGCGGGAAAACACCACAAACUUUUAGCGCUGAUAUAGAAUUUAGAGACAUCCACUUUAGUUAUCCAAUGCGUCCGGAAGUAAACAUUUUAGAGACUUUUAACUUGAAAAUAAACGCCGGAGAAACAGUGGCACUCGUCGGCCCUUCAGGUUGUGGAAAGUCUACACUAAUUCAACUCAUUCAGCGAUUUUAUGACCCCAUAUCGGGAGGCGUUUUCAUAGACGGACACGAUAUUAAAGACUUGAAUCUGGGAUGGCUUAGGGAACAGAUCGGUGUCGUCGGUCAGGAACCGGUGCUCUUCGACACUUCAAUUAAGGAAAACAUUAGUUUGGGUUCACAUAAUGCAAGAAAAGACUUGAAUCUGGGAUGGCUUAGGGAACAGAUCGGUGUCGUCGGUCAGGAACCGGUGCUCUUCGACACUUCAAUUAAGGAAAACAUUAGUUUGGGUUCACAUAAUGCAAGUGUCACUCAAAAGGACAUAGAAGUGGCGGCCAUGGAGUCCAACGCUCACGAAUUUAUCAGUAAAUUACCGGACAAUUACUCGACAUAUGUGGGCGACAGAGGGGCGCAACUGAGUGGAGGCCAAAAACAACGGAUCGCAAUCGCCAGGGCUUUGAUUAAUAAGCCCAAGAUAUUAUUGCUGGACGAGGCGACCUCUGCGCUCGACUUACAAUCCGAAGCGUUAGUCCAGUCGGCACUGGACAAGGCCUCAAAGGGCAGAACCACUAUUAUUGUCGCCCACAGACUGUCAACAAUUGUCAAUUCAGACAGAAUUAUAUUCAUAGAAAACGGACACGUCUUGGAAACGGGAACUCAUAGAGAAUUGAUGAACAAAAAAGGAUUGUAUUUCAAUCUAGUUAUCACACAACAGAUGAGCAGUAAAAACAAGAUAAUUGUUCCCAAAAUCCAGAAUCCUUACGACGACGUGGAUAACGAUCCGAUGUCUUAUAAGCCAGCGAUGUUUAGGUCUAUAAGUGUCAUCAGUAGUUCAGCCAAUUCAGCGCUCAAUAGCAAAAUUCACGACAAUAUUGAGCCAGAAGUAGUGGAGGAAGGGCUCAAAAAUUUCUCCCAAACCAGACUCUUAAAAAUGCUUGCAAUCGAUAAAUAUUAUAUAUUUUGUGGGCUUUUUUGUUCGCUUUUGUAUGGAUUUGUUGUUCCCGUUUAUUCCUAUUUAUUUGGUCUAUUAGUCGCUGUCUUCGCUGAAGAGUCAGAUUUAAAUGUGAUUUGGGAUAAGUCUAUGAGUUAUUCUCUCUAUUAUGUUGCCAUAGCUAUUGGAGUGGGAAUUAUUUCCGUCACU